AUAGGACAUGAAGAUUUGCCUCCAGAGAGUUAAUGGAGCUGUGUGCAUACCCUGGACCUAGGACCAUGCAGAUAUUCUUGGGACCCCACCAGAAGAAAUUCCAAAAUAGGGACUAUGACUUUUUUUUUUAACUAUGACUUUUGCUCUGAGAAUUACAGAAGGCUACAAAACCAGGAUUCUCUGGGUCUCCAGGGCAACAGGCCAGGUGACCAAUCAACCCCCCAGCCCCGAGUCAUUGUGGGAAAUGUAAAUGUUGCUAUAACUACUAAAACCUUGGUGACUGAACUAAACAGAAGGGAGAGCCUGCCCAGUCUCCUGAGACUAUAUCAAGCAAGUCUAUAGACAUGUCUGUGGAAAAGAUGACAAAAGUAGAAGAGAAUUUUCAAAGGGCCACAAGACUUAAGAGGAUGGUCGACAGGUGGCAAAAUUCACAUACUCACUGUCUGUGGCAAAUGACAUUGAGCCAGAGGAGAAACCCAUAUGCCACACUAAGGAUGCAGGAGACCAUGGCAGAGGAGUCAACACAGGCCAACAAGCAGCUACUGAUGGUCCGUCAAGCUGCCAUGCACCAGCUGUUGGAAAAGGAGCACCAGCAGUACCAGCAGGAACUAAAUCAGAUGGGCAAAGCGUUUUAUGUGGAGAGACUGUGAUGCCUCUGAAACGCUGUUCUUCCAUUCACAUCACACUAAAAUAGCCUUCUUGAGCCUCUACCACCUUGAACUUCAUCCCAAACAUUCCUGGACCCAGCGACCUGCCUAGAACUUAAGGAAACGCUCCCACUCUCACCUCUUCACUCUACUGUCAAUCCCCUGCUGCUCUUUGAGAAACAUCUAUCAAACAACCGUUAAAAACAAGAGGGACACCUUGUGGUCAGAGCGGGAUCUGCAGGGUUGAAGUAAGAGGGAGGGAAGGGAUGGGAGA